AUGCACGGCGCGCGGAGCCUGCGGCUGCCCGGCCGCGCCGUCAUGUACACGGCCGAGAGCCUGCCCAAGGGCAAGAACCGAGUSAUGGGGACCAUUCAGAUCAUGACCGGCUUCAUGCACAUCGGCUUCGGCGUCGUCCUCACCAUGCUCGCCAGCGUCUACACCUCGGUCUUCGUCACCGGCGAGAUCCCCUUCCUGGGCGGCGUGUCUUUCAUCAUCUCGGGCUGCCUGUCCAUCGGCGCCGAGAAGAGCCCCACGGAGUGCGCGGUGAAGGGCAGCCAGACCAUGAACAUCAUCAGUGCCAUCUUCGCGCUGCUCGGCAUCGCCACCUUCAUCGUCGACCUCAACCUCAACGGCCUCUACCGCUCCGGCUUCGACCCCUGCGCCUACCUGGUCGUGCUCGCGGGCAACGGCAUCUCCAUCGUGCUGCUCAUCUUCACCGUCCUCGAGCUCUGCAUCGCCGUGGCCACGGCCAGCUUCUGGUGCCGGGCGACGCGCGUGCGCUCCGCCGAGGCCAUGCUCAUCGCGCCCUCGGCCACGCGGGUGGACGCGCCGCUGCCCCCGGCCGAGCCGCCCAGCUACAGCGAGGGCCUCCAGGUGCUCCUGGGCUUGCUGCACGUCGGCUCCGGUGGCGUCCUCGUGUCCUUCGUGGGCGAGCCGGUGGAGAUGCUGASCGUGCAGUCCUGGUACCUCUUCUGGGGGGGACUCUUGUUCAUCUCCUCCGGCUCCUGCUCCAUGUUGGCGGAGAAGAACCAGAGCAUCUGCUUGGUGAGGGGCUGCACGGCCCUCAACGUCACCAGUGCCCUCGCCACAGUGGUGGGCAUCGUCCUCGUGCUUUGGGACCUCAGCGUCUGCACUGGGCUCAGCUACGGGGCGGCGCUGCGGCUGGAGCUGCGCGUCACCAGGGCGCUCCUGGGCAUCCUGCUGAUGUUCACGCUGCUGGAGACCUGCGUCACGCUCACGAGCACCUACUUGGGGUGGCACCUGCAGCUGGUCGCCUCCAUCCAGGCUGCAGAGUUCGGGCCCUACGUGGUGCCUCCGCCCGCCGUGGUGCUGCCGCCCCCGCCGGCUUACGACGAGAUCUUUACGAACGCAGACGGACGUGCCGCGUGGAGGGGGCACUCGGAGACUUAG